GCCCCGCCCCACUGCGGCGUUUAAGGGUCUCUCAGCAGGUGGCUGCGCUAGGUCCAAAACUCCCGCUCUGCCUCUCCCGGGACAGGGGUCCGGUCCGAACCCCGUGGAGGCUCUCGGAGCGCAGCUUGGCCCAGCCUACCCGCGCCGGACGCCAUGGCGGGCACCCUGGACCUGGACAAGGGCUGCACGGUGGAGGAGCUGCUCCGUGGUUGCAUUGAAGCCUUCGAUGACUCCGGGAAGGUGCGGGACCCGCAGCUGGUGCGCAUGUUCCUCAUGAUGCACCCCUGGUACAUCCCUUCCUCUCAGCUGGCGGCAAAACUGCUGCACAUCUACCAACAAUCCCGGAAGGACAACUCCAGCUCGCUUCAGGUGAAAACAUGCCAUCUGGUCAGGUACUGGAUCUCAGCAUUCCCAGCGGAGUUUGAUUUGAAUCCUGAGCUCGCUGAGCAGAUCAAGGAGCUGAAGGCUCUGCUAGACCAAGAAGGGAACCGCCGGCACAGCAGCCUCAUCGACAUCGAGAGCGUCCCCACCUACAAGUGGAAUCGGCAGGUGACCCAGAGGAACCCUGUGGAACAGAAAAAGCGCAAGAUGUCCCUGUUGUUUGACCACCUGGACCCCAUGGAGCUAGCAGCACAUCUCACCUACUUGGAAUAUCGCUCCUUUUGCAAGAUCCUGUUCCAGGACUAUCACAGUUUUGUGACUCACGGCUGCACCGUGGACAACCCUGUCCUGGAGCGCUUCAUCUCCCUCUUCAACAGUGUCUCGCAGUGGGUGCAACUCAUGAUUCUCAGCAAGCCCACAGCCCCGCAGCGGGCCCUGGUCAUCACACACUUCGUCCACGUUGCAGAGAAACUCCUGGAGCUGCAGAAUUUCAACACGCUGAUGGCGGUGGUCGGGGGCCUGAGCCACAGCUCCAUCUCCCGCCUCAAGGAGACCCACAGCCACGUGAGCCCAGAGACCAUCAAGCUCUGGGAAGGUCUGACAGAACUAGUGACGGCCACUGGCAACUAUGGCAACUACCGGCGCCGGCUGGCAGCCUGCAUGGGUUUCCGCUUCCCCAUCUUGGGUGUGCACCUCAAGGACCUGGUGGCCCUGCAGCUGGCACUGCCUGACUGGCUGGACCCCACCCGGACCCGACUUAAUGGGGCCAAGAUGAAGCAGCUCUUCAGCAUCCUGGAGGAGCUGGCCAUGGUGACCAGCCUUCAGCCCCCAGUGCAGGCCAACCCCGACCUGCUGAGCCUGCUGACGGUGUCUCUGGAUCAGUAUCAGACAGAGGAUGAGCUCUACCAGCUGUCCCUGCAGCGGGAACCGCGCUCCAAGUCCUCGCCAACCAGCCCCACCAGCUGCACGCCGCCUCCCCGGCCCCCGGUGCUGGAGGAGUGGACCUCAGCGGCCAAACCCAAGCUGGAUCAGGCACUCAUGGUGGAGCACAUUGAGAAGAUGGUGGAGUCUGUCUUCCGGAACUUCGAUGUCGAUGGGGACGGCCACAUCUCACAGGAGGAGUUCCAGAUCAUCCGUGGGAACUUUCCUUACCUCAGCGCCUUUGGGGACCUCGACCAGAACCAGCCGAUUCAUGCAGAACUACCUCAUUCUUUAGAACAGCUGCAGAGUAUUACACUGUGUGGCUGGGCCGUCAUUUGCCUCACCAUUCUCCUGCUGAUGGACAUGUAGACUGUUCCCAGUUUUUCGCUAUUAAUAUCCACCAUGCUACUGUGAACAUCUUUGUACCCAUGUACUCAGGCCACUAUUUUUGUAGGAGAAAUUCCUAGAAGUGGGAUAAUUGGAUCAAAAGAUAUGCACAUUCUAAAUUAGAAGGGAGACUGCCAAGGUGACCUCAGGCAAGGUUGUGCCAGCUUGCACUCCCAUCAGCAGUGAACGAGUGCCCAUUUCCCAACUUCCUUGCCAACAGUGGAUGCUAUAAUAAGCUUUACAAUUUUGCCAGUCUAAUUGGCAAAUGGUGUCUUGGUUAAAUUUGCAUUUCUUUAACACUAGUGGGGGUAGGAUAUCUUCAUAUGUUUAUUGGCCACUUCUAUUUCUUCUGUAAAUUGCCUGUUCAUGUUCUUUGUCCAUUAUUCCACUGGGUUUGUGAGUCUUUUUCUCAUUGAUUUCUAGAAUCUCUGUUAAUGGAUAUUAACCCUUGGUGUUGAAUAUGUUUGCAAAUAUUUUCUCCCAGUCUGUCAUUUAU